AUAAUAAACAUUCAUGUCUGGGGUAUUUUAUUCUCUCCCUGGAAAUGGAGUUGGAGGGGUCCGACUCCGACUCCAAACAAGCAAGAAAACAAAAAAAGAAAGAACCCACCUUCCUUGCCUUUGCCUUCGAUCUUUCACACGCGAGACAGAUAUGUAUUAUAUUAGAACUCGCUUUGUGCCUUUUCUCUCUUCCACUUUCGUACUUCCUUAAUAGCAGUAUUGUAAAACCAGGAAAUAUACAGACUUCAUAAUCCCCAAUUGGUUUCCCUGCAUCGUUUCUUUACUUUGUUAUGCAAUGUAACCGUCCUUCCCUUUCGUCUUUGUCGAACUGAAGGCUUUGGGGACUAUGUUUAAGGACAAGAGAAAAGAAACUGAACAAGAAAAUGAGGGUUUGGAUGAGUAUUGUUACUGCCUGACUGAGAAAGACACAUUUGAUUUGAGUUAUGAUGAUGGUAACUUGUUCAGAUUACAUGGCACUUCACCACCAAAAAAGGUUAGAGUUUGUGAGACUGGAAACGGCUUGGACCAUAAGACGGAUCCUAAACCUUCUGAGGAUGGUGGUGCCAUUACAUCGGUAGGUGAAGAACCUCAGGAUGCAGAUUAUUCUUUCCUUCCCUCAUUGGACUAUGAAGUUGAGAAUCUGAUUUUCGCUAGGUUACCUAGGUCGGAGCAUUGGAAGUUAUGCUUUGUGAACAAGAGGUGCUUAACUCUCCUGACGAGUGGUGAGAUAUUCAAGAUUAGACGAGAAAUUGGGUUUAAAGAACCUUCUGUUUUCAUGCUGGCAAGUGGGGAAACUAGUUGGUGGGCAUUUGAUCGGGACUUCAAGUCUCGAAUGAGGCUUCCAUUUGUGCCAUCUGAUCCAUGUUUUCAUUCUGGAGAUAAGGAGUCACUUUGUGCUGGGACACAUCUGCUUGUUUCGGGCAGGGAGAUUGAUGGAAUUGUCAUCUGGAGGUAUGAAUUGGCCACAAACCAAUGGUUCAAAGGUCCCUCCAUGAUUAGUCCAAGAUGUUUGUUUGCUUCUACAACUUGUGGUACCUCUGCUUUUGUUGCUGGUGGUGUUGGUGCUGGUGCAAAUAGCGAAGUCUAUGACACAGCUGAAAAGUAUAAUCCUGAAACUGGAUUCUGGGACCCUCUCCCGAGGAUGAAAAGGAGAAGGAAGCUAUGCUCAGGUUGCUUCAUGGACAAUAGAUUCUACGUUAUUGGAGGGCGAAAUGAGAAUGGAGAACUUACGUGUGGAGAAUAUUUUGACGAGAGCAAAAACAGAUGGGAACUAAUACCAGACAUGUUUAAAGAUGAUCCAGUUCGUACAUGCCACUCUCCACCUCUGGUUGCUGUUGUAAAUAAUGAGCUAUACUCGCUGGAAGCUUCUUCCAACCAGCUGAAGGUGUAUUUGAAAAAAACCAACACUUGGAAGCAUUUGGGGCCGGUCCCAGUAAGAGCAGAUUUCAACAGAGGAUGGGGAGUUGCAUUUAAAUCCUUAGGAGACGAGCUGCUGGUAAUAGGAGCAUCAUCAUAUUCAUGUGCUGGGAACUGCAUGUCCAUAUACACCUGCUGCCCAGAUCCUGAAGCGAGUGAACAGCCAUGGAAACCUCUUGAUGGUGGUAGAAACCGGUUGAGUCACUUCAUUCUAAAUUGUUCCAUUAUGGUAGCAUAGCAUGAGGCUAAGCAGCUGAAGGGGCGUUUACAUAAUCUCCGUUGUUGCUAAAUAAAAACUCAAAAAGUAAACUAAAUAAAUAAAUAAGAAAAAGGAGACUUGGGUCUGUGUGCAAUCAUUACAUGAUUAAAAUCCACUUGCUUCUUUGACUGCAGGGUAGUGGUUUGGUGUCUGUGUUUGUGAGUUCUAACCGAAAAUGGUAGACCAUUUCUCUGCCGCCGACUAAUGAAUGCUCAACUGACUUAUAGUAAUUGAUAUAGUAGUUGGAGGACGAAGUUAAAGUCUGUUGCUAUGGUAUCGUAUCGGAUGGCAUUGUUGAUUUUGAUAGUUGGGCAGGUUGUUGUACUUGUUGAUCUUGGAAUCAUUCUGUGUAAAUAGGUAAAACUUUUUUGUGACGUGUUCUACCUUUCCUUUCACUACACAUUCCUUUUUGUCUUGUUGAGAUUUGAUGAGAUUAUCAAAUAUCUGUUUCGGUGGUGGUCGUUUAGU